CAAUGUAUGCGCUAUGCAGGUUGUGAAUUUUCUGCCACAACUUGUGGCUGCGAGACUCGUGAAAGCUGUUUUGCUGUACCUUUCCUGACUAUUUUAUUUCCAUUCUAGAAAGCAGAAAUAACACCAGAUUGCGAAAUGUCUUCCUUAUCCUUCACCUGCAUAUCCUGCCGAGUGGCAUUUGCCAGCGCUGACCUACAGAGGGCUCACUACAAGUCAGACUGGCAUCGCUACAACCUAAAGCGCAAGGUGGCUGAGAUGGUGCCGGUCACAGCGGAAGAGUUCAAACAGCGUGUGCUUGACAAGCAGGCCCAGGCUUCUGUGGCUCAGCAAGAUUCGUCAUCCUCUUGUAAGACGUGCGGGAAGCACUUCAACACAGAGAACGCGUUCACCAAUCACAUGCAGUCUAAGAAGCACAAAGAGGCGGAAGCUCGCAUUGCUAGACAACAGCAGGCAGAGGUCGACAAGAGAAAUGCUAAGAACCUUGAGAAAGGACUGGAUACGGAACCAGCCUUGGAAACAAAAGAUUUAGCUGAAGAAAAGAAAUCUGUAAGCAAAGGAGAGACGGCAACGAAGACGAAAACCCGGAAGAAAAACAAACCAGUAACAGAUCCUGAAGGUGCAGCUGGUUCAAGUCAAGACGUUGAAAUGGCUGACGAUGAUGAUGACUGGGAGGAGAUUGAAGGAGACCCCAUCGCGAUCACCGAUUGCCUGUUCUGCAGUCGCUCGUCCCAGUCGGUGGAGAAGAAUUGCAAUCACAUGACGCAGGCCCACAGUUUCUUCCUGCCCAACGUGGAGUACAUCUGUGAUCUGGAUGGUCUACUCGCCUAUCUGGGAGAGAAAGUUGGCUGCGGCUUCAUGUGUCUGUGGUGUAACGAGCGCGGGCGGAGUUUCUUCUCAUUGGACGCUGUCCAGAGACACAUGAGGGAUAAGGGGCACUGUAAGCUGCAGUACGAGGGCGACAUCAUCUACGAAUACGCCGAGUAUUACGACUUCAGACAAAGUUACCCUGACCACACAGACCCUGCCAGACAGGGUGAGACACAGGGCGAUAGUGACGAUGAGGAAGUUGACGACAGCGCCUUACAGGUCCACCAGGAGGGUUACGAGCUCAUGUUGCCUUCAGGAGCUCGUGUCGGUCACAGAGACCUGCAGCGUUACUUCCGUCAGAACGUCCCUCCGACUCGACAGAUCGUCAAGAAGAACAGCGCUGUGAUUGGCCGGAUAAUGACGCAGUACAAAGCCCUUGGCUGGAGCGGGGAUAAAGGUGAGGCAUCCGAGAAGCGGGUCCGAGACUUGCGCUACGUUCAGAAGUUCCGCUCCAGGAAGGACCUGCACCUGAGAGUGAAGGCUAACAAGUUUCAGCCGCACUUCCGUCCUCAGGUCAUCUUCUGAGGAGGCGAUUGUUGCUGCUUCACACGCAGGUUCAGUGGUUGCAUCAGCCACAGGAUCAGGGAUCUGUUGUCCAUCAGCAAGCUGCUUCACCAACAUAUUUUUUUUUGGUCAUAUACUCAAGUAAUUUACCUGAACACUGAUGAGUGGCCCGCACUCGAUUUUAAGGAAACUUUACGCAAUGAAAGUCCACUUGUGCCCAAUUUAUUGCACAAGUUAAGCAAAAUUUCACGCGGGUAACAUUUCACUUGGGACAAUGUCACGAAAGUGUCGUAGUACGCAAGUCAGCGAAUUGUGCAACAAAUAAUGGCGUAACUUGGGCAACCAUUUUAGGUGGCGUAAGUUGUGGCAUAGCAACUGAACACGACCUUAUUUUACCAGCAAAUCUUUAUCGUCGUUGAGCCUGUUACUGCACAAUUUAUCAAGGUUGAUACUAGACACUCACAACUUUGUGUUUGAAGUAGAAGAUUAGUUAUUUUACUUGUGACAGAGUUUUUGAGUUGCCACUCGAUUCCAAAGAAAGUAGGACAAAAAUAUUUUCAAAAUGACGGGCGGAGGCGACUCAACGACUGUUUCGAGACUAAAAAUAAUAAUCAUACACAAACAGCCAUUACGCAAGUUACGCACUGUUCCGUGAAAUCAACUGCAGUUGCAGUAACACUGCAGAAAUAUACAUGUAUCAUUUUAGAAGAUGCCACACUACUGUUAAAUCAUACAUCUUUAUUUUUCUCCAAUGUGCAUGAAUAAGCUCAUUAUACAGAUAAAUUGAAUUUGCGUAAGAAACCCAAAUAUUAUGAAUGAAGACUUAUAAAUGUAUUGUACAUGUAUUUUUUAUUAAGAUAUCUGCCAUUGUAUUAAAGUUAUGUUUGAUUUUUGGUUCGCCAACAAAAAAUCACGUAAGUGAUUUGUGGAUGCUGUACUGAUUCAACUCUUUCAGUUUAGCCAGAUGAGAUCUGCUCACCAUUUUCAGAAGUUUAAUACAAUUGAUAACUCUAAUAUUGUUGAACAUCAUUAAGAAAUCUUUAUGCUGUAUUCAAUAAAUAUAAAAAUUUGA